AUGAAUCCUGAAAUUCAAUAGAAAUUAGAAUUGUUUAUAAGUUGUAGAGACUUAGCAAAUAUGGAUAUCUUUUCAAAAAGUGAUCCUUAUGUAGUGUUAUAAAUUCAAAAAAAUAAAAAAUGGUAUGACUUUGGAAAAACUGAGAUUAUUUAAGAUAAUUUAAAUCCAAAUUUUACUAAAACUUUUAUAAUUGACUACUUUUUUGAAUGUUAACAACCUCUAAAAUUCAUUGUAAAUGAUGAUGAUGGAAAAGGUUAAUUUGAUGUAAAAAAAUAACAAAAUAAAAGUUUAUUGGCAGUGUUGAAACAACUUUAGGACGCAUUGCAGGUUCUAGAGAUCAAGUUUUAAUUAUUGAUUUAACAAAAGGUUCUAAAAAGACCGGAAGUUUAAUUGUUAAAGCAGAAUAAGUGAGAUUAAUUAAUUAGAAAAUAAAAAUGUAAAUAUGUAAUAUUUUAUAAAAUAUUUAUCUAGAUGGAGAAUAAUUAUCAAAUACAAGAUUUCUUCCAUGGGAGACUACAUGUCCAUUUUUUAGAUUGUUUAGAGAAAGUUAAGAUAACAAUUAAAAUUUAUAAAUUUAUGAAAGUGAGUAAAUCAAUAAUUGUCUAAAUCCUAAAUGGAGAAGUUUGAAUAUUUCUUUUUAAAAAUUUUGUAAUGGAAAUUUAGGAAAAUCUCUCAGAAUAGAAGUUUUGGAUUAUCGAUCUCAAGGAAAUCAUUUAUUAAUUGGAAUAACAUAAUUUAGUGUUGAAGAAAUAAAUAACAAUAAAGAAUGUAAAAAAUAAUUAUUUGAUAAAAAUAAUAACUUUGUAGGUUAUGUAAUUUUUAAAGAGGUAUUUUUAUUUAACUAUUAAGUUCAAAAUAUUGGAUCCCCCAACUUUUAUAGAUUAUCUAGAAAGUGGAACAUAAAUUAAUUUAAUAGCUGCAAUUGACUUUACAGGUUCAAAUGGAUCUCCAAAUAGUAGUAAUUCUUUACAUUACAUUGAUAAUUAAUAUGGGAAAUUAAAUUAAUAUUAAUAGGCCUUACUUUCAGUAGGAGAGAUUCUACUUAAUUAUUCUUAUGAUAAGAAAGUUCCUAUAUAUGGAUUUGGAUGUAAACCCAAUUUAAAGAAAUUAAAAUCUUCAUAAACCUUACACUGUUUUCCAUUAAAUGGUAAUCCUUAAGAUCCAGAGGUUUUGGGCAUAGAAGGUAUAAUGUAGACUUAUAAUUAUGCAUUAAAAAAUGUAUAAUUUGAUGGACCAACAUAUUUUAAUCCCAUUCUUUAAGAAGUUAUCAAAAUAGCUGAAUUGAGUUAAGACAUGGCAAAAGAUUCAUAUUAUGUAUUAUUUAUAUUAACAGAUGGUGUAAUACAUGAUAUGACUGUAAUUUAUAAAAGUUAUUUAUUAAUUUUAGCAAACCAUUAAUUCUAUAGUAGCAUCUUCUCAUUUACCAUUAUCGAUAAUUAUUGUAGGAGUGGGAGAUGCAAACUUUGAUAAUAUGAAUAUACUAGAUGAUGAUAAUGGAAAUCUUAAAGAUUCUAAAGGAAAUCGAUCAUAUAGAGAUUUAGUGUAGUUUGUCCCAUUUAAUGAAUUUAAGGAUAAUCCUGAACUUUUAGCUAAGAAUGUAUUAUAAGAAUUACCUGAAUAAAUUGUUGAAUAUAUGCAAUUAAUUGAAAAACAACCUUGUAAAUUUAUUUUAUAUUUAAAUAGAAUUUAAAAAGUAAAAUUAAUUAUAAACUCAAACUAAUUAUAAUUUAAAUUAUAUUUCUGAUUCUAAAAUCCAACAACUUAACCAAUAAAACACUGAUUUAAUGAAUUCACAGGAAAACUCAUAUUUAGCUAAUUUUCCUUAAACUAAUUAAUCUUUGUGA